AUGCUUUUCUCGUCCGACGAAAUCCAAAUAAUCGAGACUUGUUUCAUCUAUCUUCUGGUUGCUAUCGGUCUAGUAUUCGUUUUCUCGUUUCUCAGAAAAAUGUUGCAUCGUGAACCCGAUGAGGAUUUCCUUCUGUUGAUAAAUCAAGAAGGCUUGGAUGACGAGACACGUGACAAGAUUAUAACCGAGAGACUCGACAGCAUUUUCAAAGGAAGCGGAUUGGUAUAA